AAAGACAGGCGCCAGGAAGAAGGCAGAGAACUGCCGGGAACGCAAAAAGCAGCUGCGAGCAUCGAGAGGCACCAUAGAUUUAGCUAAACACCCUUGCAAUGCUUCAAUGGAAUGUGACAAGUGUCAGAGGCGGCAGAAGAACAGAGCAUUCUGCUAUUUUUGUAAUUCUGUCCAGAAGUUACCAAUUUUCGCACAGUGUGGGAAGACAAAGUGCAUUAUGAAGUCUUCAGACUGUGUCAUAAAGCACACAGGUGUCUACAGCACUGGCCUUGCCAUGGUGGGCGCCAUCUGUGACUUCUGCGAAGCCUGGGUGUGCCACGGACGCAAGUGCCUGAGCACCCACGCGUGCGCGUGCCCGCUUACGGACCCCGAGUGCGUGGAGUGCGAGCGCCACGUCUGGGACCACGGAGGCAGAAUAUUCAGUUGUUCUUUCUGCCAUAACUUUCUCUGUGAAGAUGAUCAGUUUGAACAUCAAGCCAGCUGCCAGGUUUUAGAGGCGGAAACAUUUAAAUGUGUGUCCUGCAACCGGCUGGGCCAGCACUCCUGUCUCCGGUGUAAGGCAUGUUUCUGUGACGAUCAUACCAGGGUGACAAAUAUACAUAAUAAAAAUCUUAUAAAGUCCUCUAUGCUGUUUUUUUUAGAAAAUAAUUGA